AUGUUUUGGCAAGUGUCAAACAUUCCACUAGAGGUCAAACCACUCUUAACUGAUAGUGAUAUCCUUGAAAUGCUUAGGGUUUUACCUAGUGACCAUCACAUUCACAUUUUUUUGGAAGGCGUUGAAAGACUUAAUGAACAUAAUCAACACUGGUCUGAACAUAAUCAACCUGAAAUUGAUGAAGCAGAACCAGUUGAACCAGAAAUUAGUGAACCCAAAAUUAAUGAACCAGAACUAGGUGAGCCUGAAAUUAAUGAACCAGAACCAGCUGAGCCAAAAAUUAAUGAACCAGAACUAGCUGAGCUAGAAAUUAAUGAACCUAAAAUUGAUGAACCAGAACCUACUGAGGUGAGGAUAGAUUCUGAGUAUGAAGCCCCACAGAUAAGUAGUGAAGAAUCUGACUUUUCUGGUAGUGAUAAUGACUUUGAAAAUUCAGAAGUUGAAUUAUGUGAUUUGAAUACUGAGGUGGAAGCUAAUGAAAUGAGGGUUGUUAGUGACUCUAAAGAUGGAAAUUUUGACUCAUUAUACAGUGCAGAUGAGUCAGAUGGUGAUGGUUCACAUAGGAAGCCUAGACACCCUGAAUUUAAUAUUACUAUAGAUAUUGUAAACCCUAAAUUAAAGGUUAGACCAAUCUUUGCUAACAAGACAAUAUUAAGGGUAGAAAUCAGAAUGUAUGCAAUUAAAAAUAGGUAUAAUGUGAAGUUUAGAAGAAAUAACAACAGAAGAAUCCAAGUAAGAUGUAAGGCAGGUUGUCCUUGGGUUUUAUGGGUCUCUCCACUUACCCCUAUAGAUCCUAGUGAUGGUACUUGGAAAAUUAAGUCACUGAAUGAUGAACAUACAUGUCUUAAGGGGUUUGAAAAUGCUAAUAUAAUUGCUAAGUGGGUAGCAAAACAAUAUUUUCAAUCAUUCCAUGUUGAUCCCAAUUAUUCUGUUAAAUCUAUUAAGCAAGAUGUGUGUAAUGAUUAUGGCAUCAUGGUAUCUACAUCUAAGUGUUCUAGAACUAAGUGUAUAGCCCUUGAAAAGCUACAUGGCACAACCACUGUUUGUCAGUUGGAUGAGAGAGUUUUCAAGAGGGUUUAUAUUUGUAUGCAAGCAACGAAUGAUGGGUUCAAAUCAGGGUAUAGGUUGAUUAUAUGUUUGGAUGGGUGUCACCUAAAGGGAUUUUUUGGGGGUCAUCUACUAGCCGUUGUUGGAGUUGAUGCAGAUGACUCUAUUUAUCCAUUAGCCUUUGUAGUUGUAGAGAGUGAGAAUCAAUCAUCAUGGUUCUGGUUUUUAGAAUUACUGGGUAAUGAUUUGGAGUUGAAUAAUUCUCACAUAUUGACAUUCAUGACUGAUAGACAGAAGGGGCUAGUAGAAGCUGUGGCAGAAUUGUUCCUCAAUGUAGAACAUAGAACAUGUGUGAGACACUUAUAUUCGAAUUUUAAGAGCAAUGGUCAUCACAAGGGGAAAACAUUGAAGGACCAACUAUGGAUGGCUGCUAGGGCAACAUAUGUUAGAGAGUUUGAAUAUGCCAUGGAAGGAAUAAAGCUUUUAUCAGGGACAACACACAAGUGGUUGUCAGAGAAUAAUCCUAAACAGUGGUCAAAGUCACACUUCUCUUUCAAAGCCAAGUCAGACAUGCUGUUAAACAAUCUUUGCGAGUGUUUCAAUAAGUUGAUACUUGAAGCUAGAGACAAACCAAUUAUUACAUUGUUGGAGUCCAUUAGAACAAUGUUGAUGCAAAGAAUUGCAAAAAAAAAAAAAGAUCAAGCUAAUAAGUUUGUUGGGUUUGUAUGCCCUAAAAUUCAGAAGAAACUAUGCAAUGCAAUAUCACAAGCAAAUAGUUGUUGGCCCAUUCAUGUUGGUGUACCAACAUACCAAGUUUCAUGUGGUCCUUCAAAUCAGCAUUAUGUCAACAUUGAAACUAGAACUUGUUUAUGUAGAAAAUGUGAACUAACAGGUAUUCCUUGUAUACAUGCAAUUUCUGUCAUAGUCAUGAAUCAUGAAAACCCAGAAAACUUUCUGGACCAAUGCUACUUAGUGAAAACCCAAAUGGACAUAUACUCACAUUUUAUCAACCCGGUUAGAGGUCCUAAUCAGUGGACUCCUAUUGAAACAAUGGAGUCUAUCUUACCACAUACCUUGAGAAGGCCACCGGGAAGACCACAUAAGAACAGAAGAAGGGAGGCUGAUGAAACACCCCCUUAUACUCGUAGGGUGACAAAGAAGGGAGUUAAAAUAUUAUGUAGAAAGUGUGGGGGUUCUGGACAUAAUGUCAGAACAUGCAAGGGUCAGUUUAGAAGAUCAAAUGAAGCUGUCAUGCAAAAUCAAACAAGUAGUUCAAGGUCACAAAAACCUGCAGGGGUUCAUACUAUUAGAUGCAUGCCCACUCCCACUAUAUCAUUGAGUCAAGAUAGUUGUGUCACUCAAUCGUCUCCCCAUCAACAAGUUCCAACACUAAAUCAAGCUGCGAUGCAAAAUCAAAGAACUAGUCCAAGGCCUUCACAAGGCUAUACUGUUAUAUGGAUGCCUACCCCUACUGUCCACAUAGGCAACAAACGUUUUUGA